AUGGCUUUUUAUAAGAUAACGCUUGCCAGAUCCGUAAUAGGCACACCCCAUACUACGAAGAGUAUCGUUAAGAGCCUGGGCCUAGGAAAGACUGGGUCCAUAGUCUACAAGCAAGUGACACCUGCGUGUGCGGGUGCUCUGGCCAAGGUUAAGGAACUGGUCAAGGUAGAGGUUACUGAAAACAAGCUUUCAAAAGAAGAGCAGAGGGAGUUGAGGAAAUCGAAUCCCGGAUUUAUUGUGGAAAAGAGGCAGUUGCUGUGA